AUGUCGGAGGACGAGCGACCUCGAAAACUGCCGAAGCUUGCCGACGACAACGACGAGGCAACAGACCGAGAACUCGGCCCCGCCAUGACUGGCGCCGUGCACGUCGAUGAUGACCGGGCGCAAACGGGCGCAGUCGGCGCCAGCAACACCCACUUCGAGACUCUGGGAAACGCAGACGACCGCCUGACCGAGACAAGUGAAUCUACUGUGAAGCCUCAUACUGAGGAUGGCGCCCCACAAAUGUCAAAGAAUCAGCUCAAGAAGCUCCUUCGACGACAGAAGUGGGCAGAGGACCGCGAGUCACGCAAAGACAAGCGGAAAGAAAUGGCGGCCAAAAAGAAGGAGCGUCGGAACAUCAUGGUGCAAGAGGCCCGAGAAACGGGCGGCGAGGAAGCCGUAAAAGAGCUGCGCAAGAGGUGGGAGGGAACCAGAGCCAAGGCGAAACGAUCCACGCCGCUUCCCCUUUCAAUUGUCAUUGACUGUGGCUAUGACGACCUAAUGACCGACAAGGAGCGAAUCUCCUUGGCCUCUCAACUGACGCGGUCAUACUCCGAGAACACGCGUGCGCCCUGGCGCGCUAACUUGAUGUUCUCGUCCUUCGAUAAGCUACUGAAGGAACGCUUCGACACUGUGUUGGCUGCCCACAAGAAUUGGAAGAACAUCACAAUCAUACAAGAAGACUUUGUUGAAGCAGCGGAGCUUGCGAAGGCACAAAUGGCAUCUCCACAAGGCGGCAAAUUUGUUGGCCCCUUCGCCGAUUGUACGGAUGCGAAGCCAGAAGAUGGGGAGGUUAUCUACCUUAGCAGCGACAGCGAGAACACGUUGACCGAGCUGAAACCAUACAAUACUUAUAUCAUUGGCGGAUUAGUCGACAAAAAUAGGCACAAGGCAGUCUGCUACAAGGCAGCCGUCGAGAAGGGCAUCAAAACUGCUAAGCUGCCUAUCGGAGAUUAUAUUAAAAUGGCAUCGCGCUCGGUGCUGACUACCAAUCAUGUUGUGGAUAUUAUGUUGAACUGGCUUCAACUAGGCGACUGGGGCGAGGCUUUCAUGAGAAUCCUACCGCAAAGAAAAGGAGGACAGCUGAAAGAAAAGACUGGUGGUAAUGACGGCGGAGAGGAUGCGAUUGCAGAGGAGGAUGAAGAUGGGGAUGCAGAUGUGGCUGCUUUGGAGGUAGUCGCAGACGAGAACGAAGGAGACGAUGCCGAGCAUGAGCCAUGA